CGGACAGGGGAGAACGGGUAACGUUAACCAUACGGACGGUACAAGGCGUCCAGUUGGAGCGCAGCCUUCCAUACAAAAUUCCUCUGCACGGGGUAUAGUCGACAGAAUAGCCUCGAAGCCACAAUCUGAGGCACGAUGCAUGCGCCGUCGCAGAGGCACAGGAAGCACCCGUGGGCUGCCCGGAACGGUGGCAUGACUAGCGGCCACCCACUGGAAGCGGCGAGCCCCCCGCCAUACGACGCCGUGGACAGGCACCUGAAGCUUCCUGUAACGCCCCCAGGCCCCCUUAUGUCCCCCUUCCGGUGGCCCAUCCAGCGGCCCUGCAGCGCCUCCACUCCCGCCACCAGGCCUCUGGGGCCCACCCGUUCGUCCAUUAGGAGCGCGACCUGUCGAAUGCCAAACCUUCCUUCGACAGACAUAAUAUAGCACGUCCACUUUUUCCCCCUUGCCCUCGACAUUCAACAUCGCCAUCGCUUCACGUCUCUCCUUCCCUCCCAAGUCCCGACCGCUCGGCCCUCGCAUAGCGUCUUUGCAUCCGUCCGUUCCUUUUCCUUCCAUUGCUACCCCCCCCUACUAUUCUGCCGCGUGUCGCGUCCCCGAAAGACGCUCGCGUGCCUUCACUUAACCCGAGCGGCGACGCGCGCCCCUUGCGAACCCCCGAGACCCCGACAGAUCGACCAUUCUGCGCCUCGGGGCCGUCGACGCCGCGUCCGCACUAUCGUUGCCGCCUCUUCCCACAUUGUCUCCCUCUCUUUCUGAUCAGCGGGUGGCCGAAGCGGAUCUCUUGCGAGCAACAGCGCCGAGCAAUCGCACCGCAACCCCCGCCGCCACCAACACCGCAUCACCAUCGUCACCAUGCGGUUCCGCACCAAACACUCACCUCUCCUCCUCCUGCUGCUGCCAUCGUUGGCCGCUGGUCUGGGGGCCAGAUCUGGUAGCACUACGGCAGAGCGGGAGGAUGCUUCCGUUGCGUCCCUGCUUGACUCGGACGAUGGCGCAAAACCUCGAUCACGUCUCUCCACCAAGGACGCCCCGUUCGAUGGCAAGGAUGGCAAGCCCCAUCUCGGCCCUUUCGUCGAGACGGAUGGCACCGCGACAGACUCCGACAAUAACGGCCUGCCGCCUCUCAAGGGGCGGCCCCACGACCCGACCGUCGUAGACGGCAAGAAGAUCCCCGAGUCCAACGACGGCGUAAUGUUCGACAAGAACCGGGAACGGCCACAAGGCUCAACAGGCAUUGAGGGUGGCGUGACGGAGAAGUCGGCUGCUCGCAAGGCUCAAGAGGGCAAGACGGGCGAGAGGACGUUUGCGCAGCCGGAGGCUCCCAAAGAGAAGCCCCCCAUGCCGCACAGCGAGGAGCAGAAGCUGGGCAAGGACAGCACCAAGGACAAGAGCAGGGACAAGACCAAAACCAAGUCGUCAUUAGACAAGGCGGAGGGCAGCACAGACUACACAGGCCUUGACAAGCCAGAAGACCUCCCAGGCAAGCACCGCGACAAGACGCCAUUGCCCGAUUCGGUCAAGGAAUCCCCCCUCGAGCCCAAAAAGAGUGCUCCGAUCCCAGUAGAAAAGGACAAGUCCACGCCGCUAGAGGACGAUGGCAUCAUUCAGCCGUUCCACUCUUUCAUCCUGUCCUUUACCAUGAUCCUGGUUUCCGAGGUCGGCGACAAGACAUUCCUGGUGGCGGCGCUCAUGGCCAUGAAGCACGACCGCAUGGUGGUCUUCUCGGCGGCUUUUGGAGCAUUGCUCGUCAUGACGGUCCUGUCUGCCGUUCUUGGGCACGCUGUGCCGACGUUGAUUCCCAAGCGGUUGACAAGCUUCCUCGCUGCCGGCCUCUUCCUGGUCUUUGGCGCCAAGCUCCUUCGCGAGGGCAUGAAGAUGGACCCGAACGAAGGCGUCUCGGCGGAGAUGCACGAGGUGGAGCAAGAGCUCGCCGAGAAGGAAAAGGAACUCGGGCGCAGCCGCCACGACAUGUCACCACACUCUUUGGAGAUGGGUCUCAAGGGGCGAAGCUCGAGGGCCAAGGGCCGCUUCCCGUCGCCGCCGCGGUCGCCAUCGCAGUCGCCCUCGCGCAGCCCGUCUCGCAGCCGCGGAUCCAUUCAGAACUUUGCACACGGGGUAAGCAACCUGUGCUCCUUACUCCUGAGCCCCGCGUGGGUGCAGACGUUUGCCAUGACGUUCCUGGGCGAGUGGGGGGACAGGAGCCAAAUCGCGACGAUUGCCAUGGCGGCGGGCCAGGAUUACUGGUGGGUGACACUGGGAGCAACCUGCGGCCAUGCCAUCUGCACGGGAGUGGCGGUGCUGGGCGGCCGCGCCAUCGCGGGCCGUGUCAGCCUGAAAGUUGUGACUGUGGGCGGCGCCGUUGCAUUCCUGCUCUUCGCGUUUAUCUACUUUAUCGAAGCCCUGCACGGGUAAUCGGGCUGGUGCCGGUGCUCCUCGCUCGCCAGCGUCGAGGUCGCUCAUUCUUUUUCACAUGGACAAGUUGGCGGGCUACUAUCUGUUGUAAUUGGCACACGCGCACGCGCACGCGCACGCGCACACACACGCACACGCACACACAACCACACGGUCGCUAUUUUCCUUGGUAUCCGCUGGGCAUGAAUGGGACGGAGAGGGGUCGGGUCAGGGCCCGGACGUCGGUCGGUCACUAUAUUGGAAAGCGGGCAGCGAGCGCAAGCAAGAGGGUACGCAUAUCUGUGACUGAGGCGAGUUUGCAUUUGCUUUGCUUUCUUUUGCGAGCGCGCCCAACUGGGGAUGGAGGCUGAGCUAUACGUCUGCAAAGACUGCGGCGGCCCGGCAUGGUGCACAUUACGGACACAACACGGGGAUAAUAAAAGGACGACGCCGAGGCCUGCGGAUAGAUGGAAGCAGGACCGGCGCAACUAUAGGGAACGGGUUGAUUUUACACUACUCGACUGAUUAUCUGAUGUGCUUUGUGCACUUGAAAUUCGACAGAGCCACGUUGACAUUUCCUCGGCCCGCAUCUUGCUCGCAGAGGCAGACUGCUCUGUUGUUGUCUCUUUUACGACCCUGUAUACUGACGGGUUGGCAGUUUAUGUGUCAGACUGACAAAAGUGUCAAGCUCAUCAGCCGAGACGAGAGGAAACGAGCUCGCUUGGCGUCACAUCGCUCGCAGGCCCAGACGUCCAUCCGCCCACCCACGCAGAGCCACACACACACGCGCCCCUGCGCCAUCUCGAACCGCGCACCCCCUCUUCCUUCCUUGCCGACGAUCCCAGGGGCCCACGGGGGAGUACGCUCGGCAAUCUCGCCGAACGACCAUAUCUCGACACAAGCGUGGAGGAUGAGGUACCUCUGCGUACUAACGAGGCAGUAUGUAUGUAUGUAUGUAGGUGUGUGUGUCUCGAUCAGCUGCCAACCGUUGGUCACGGAACGCAGCCUCCCCGGGGCAGCGGCGAUCAUGGCCUGAUUUUUACACUUCUUCGUUCUUCCUUUCGGCGCUUUUUUUCUUCCUUUCUUGGCUCGGGUCCCCCUCCCCGCAAAACCCGUCACACUGGUCGGGCCAAUGGGAUGGGAGGGGGAUGGGAGGAGGCUGGCCAUCACCGAUAGAUGGAUGGCUGGCUGGCUGGCGGGCGAACGGGCGAGUGGGCUGGUGAGCGAUAACCAGGGGACCAACCGGCAUACAGUCUAUGUAACAGCCAGAGGCGCGGCUCUGGAGGUGUCACAAGAAGCGCCGUGGUGCGGCAGGGCGAUGCAUAUAUCUUGUACAAGAUACGUGCGCGUGGAUAAUGCAUGUGAACAGCUGCCUAGCUAAACACGUACCUUGGAUAUGUUGCACAAGGCACACAGAAAAGUAGGUACGAGGUAGUAGGUACGAGGUAGUAGGUACUACAGAUGGACUGGCCAUGUCAGGUCAUCUUCUCCUUUCGCGUGGG